UUUUUUGAUAAGUAGGAAAUAUUCAAUAACUGCAUUUUGCUUAUGAUCAGCAUUUGUAUACCAGUUCUAAUUAAUUAAUUACUGUUCAUUAUAGAUGGGAAGAUCAGAUAAGGAUAGAGAUCUGGAACGUCUGAUGCCGGUGGGAACCUUAGCCGUUGAUGCAACAAAAAUCAACGGCUCCAAAUCUUCAGAUCAAUCUCCCUCGCCUUCCUCUCAUCACUCCGCCAAAGAGGCAUUUGGCAAACAUAUUCAUAGCUGGCUUUCAAAAAAAUUUGUGAGCGGAUGUGUCAUAUUAUUUCCCAUAGCCAUAACUUUCUACCUUACUUGGAAGCUCAUUAAUUUUGUGGAUGGCUUCUUUUCUCCAAUCUAUAAUCAUCUUGGGAUUGAUGUAUUUGGUCUUGGAUUUGUGACAUCCUUAAUUUUCAUAUUCUUGGUUGGUGUGUCCAUGUCCUCAUGGUUAGGUGCAUCUCUUCUUAGUUUAGGAGAAUGGAUCAUUAAAAAAAUGCCCCUCAUGAGUUAUAUCUACACUGCAUCCAAGCAAAUUAGUAGUGCAAUUUCACCAGAUGAAGAUUCACAUGCCUUCAAAGAAGUGGCAAUUAUAAGGCAUCCGCGCCUUGGUGAAUACGCGUUUGGUUUCAUUACAUCAACCAUUAUUCUUCGUAAAAGCACAGGUGCUGAGGAACUUUGUUGUGUUUAUGUUCCUACUAAUCAUCUUUACCUUGGAGAUGUAUUCCUUAUCAAUUCUAAGGACAUUAUGAGGCCUAAUCUCUCUGUUAGAGAAGGAAUAGAAAUUGUAAUCUCAGGAGGCAUGUCUGUACCCCAACUAUUGACUAUAGUAGAUAAGCAAUCUAUUCUAUCUCCAAGAAUUGGAAAAUUUGCUGUUCCUCAAGUUUGAUGAUCAUAAUGUUUGAACUGGGGAAAAUGCACUUUACUGUUAAUAUUAUUCAAUAGAUAGUCUAUUUGCUAGAGGC